UUUCUAUGAUCCAAAUAUUAAAAUAAUAAUAUACAUGUGGAUGCUGUUCAUGUAAUUACACACUUAAACCAAGGGUAUAAUGGAAUUUCAAAUUUCUGAAAUAUCGAGAAAGCAACAGAAACUCAUCUUCAUUUUUAUUUAUUUAUAUAAUUUUUUUAUUGCAACCACACCAAAAAAUAAAUAAAUAAAUAAAAUAAAUAAAAACCCUCAUUAUAAAUAUAGAAGUAACUCCACGUCUAUGAUAAGAGAUCUGCAAAGCUAGACAACGACGAAUAAAAGAGAGAAAAAUUAAAUUAAAUUAAAACAUCCUUUCAACCCUCCAAAAAACAAAAAAAAAGAAAAAAAAAAAAAAAAAACAUUUUCAGAAGAACUGAAAGAAAGAAAUUAUUUUUAGCAGAUCUGAAAUUCGUCGAAAAAUCAAGAAAAAAAUUAUGAGGAUUAGAAAAAACGCAAGGCUAAUAUCAUCUUCAUCUUCUUCUUCAUCAUCAUUUCUAGUUUGUCAGCUCAAUCGUUCUCCUUGGGAUGUCGACUCUUUCUCUCUCCAGGGUGAAUGGGAAGAUGGAUUUGCCGUUAAUGGAAGCUUAGCGGAUGCGUUUCCUUCUUCAGACAGCUUCCCUAGUGGGGAGUCCAUGGAAUUAUCGUUCGAGUACGUCGAAAAACCGCUGCCGCCGCCACCACCACCGCAGCCUCUUCUCGAGGAGAGAGAUGAACAACAACAAAUUGGGGUUGGCAAUGGUAGGAGUAAAGGGUGGCAACAUAUCCAUCACCAACUCAAGCCGCCACCGCUUAAGGUGGCACUUCCGCCAAUCCCCACUCCUCCAAAGAAGCGGGGACGGCCUAAGAAGCCCACCACACCCGCAACAACACCUACGACACCAACGGUCAUCACCCCGGCAACACCGGCUGCCACAAGGCCCGUGAAUAAUAAUAGUAAUAUUAGCAAUAGCAAUCCGUAUGAGUUUUACUAUUAUUCCGGGUUCGGCCCGAGGUGGAGCAAGAGAAGAGGAGGGAACAAGCACAAUGUGGGUAAUGAUGGCAAUUAUUUCAAUGCGACAACAAUCAACGAAGCUAACGAAUCGCCGGGUUCUUCCUCAACUAGUCAUAAUAUUAUGAGUGAAGACGAUAAAGAUGAUGACGACAACAAGAAAAUGAAGGGUAAUACUACUACUAAAAUUGUUGAAAUGGAUAGUAAUUCGGAUAAUGAAAUCGACUAUAUCGAGGAUGAUUUCGAUGAUGAUGAGGAUGAAGAUGAAAAUAAUGGUGGGAGAAGAAUUCGUAAGCCUGUGAAAGCUAGGUCACUUAAAUCGUUGAUGUGAUUUUAUUAUCAAUGCUAAAUUUUGCUUAGUUGCUGCUAGGAAGGUUGAAGGUUGUAGCUUGUAGGUUUUCUUUCUUUUGUUUGUAUUUGUCGAAAUUUUAUGGUGCUUUCUUUUUCUUUUUCUUUUUCUUUUUUAUAAUGUGUUGUAUUGUGCUGUCA